UCGGACGAGGAAACAGAGUAAGAUCCUAGGAUUUGUGUUGGUCGACAUCCACAAGGUAAUCAUGUCGUCAACGAUGAGGAAUGUGGUGUCGAUGAGGACGAUGUCGAAGAGGAGAAAAGCGAGAGGGAGAGAGAGAGAGAGGAUCGUGAGGAAUCUAUGCACGACUGCAAGGGUUUGGAGUCUCAACAGUGUCAUGAGGAGGACGACGGGGGCGAUGGACAAAACAAUGAUGCCUAUCCUGUCGUUGAUGAGGAUGGACGGCAAGAAAGGUCGGUUGAUGUGGAGGUCGACGACGCAACAGGAGAGCGAUCGGAGGCCAGUGUCCAGAAAACGAAACGACAAUCUUCAACAAGUCCGACAGCGGCGGCGGAUAAGCGCGCUGCGAAGAAACUCACUGUCGCUGCAUCUCGAAAGGCGCUCAGAGCUUCUCAAGAGGCGGUCGCUGAAAGCGUGAAGAAACGAAAAGGGUCCGCGUCAUCCAGGGCGACAAAAGCGGAGAAACGUCCACCGAAAAGAAAGAAGAUGGUUGAUGAGGGUGACUCUGGAGAGGAUGCCGAAGGGGUUCCUCCAAGAGUUGUGUCCGAACGGACACAACCUUCCGCUGACACCCAUGAUGAAGCCAUCGACACAACAUGGUGCUUCUUCUUGGAGUUCGAUGAAGAUGGGUUUGCGAAGAAGAAACGGGAACACAUUGAAGUGGACGUCACAAAGAUCUUGACAAUCCCUGAAGCUCAUACAUACAACUGGUAUGUUGUUGCUGGCCAGCACACGGUUGAGGCAAUGAACAGACUCAUUAAAGACAAGUCACCGGCCGAGAAAGUGUAUGGCUUGAGGUCAUACUCUCACGUACGUGUUGUCUACUUUGACGAUGACACAAAGAGAGGAUAUCCGUACGUCUCAACGUUCGACAACACGAGGGAGGAGCGUUCCAUCCCGAGAUCAUUUUCGUCAUCUGUGCGGCAAAUCAGAACAUUUGGGGAUAAGAGGAAUGACCGGAUCCGUCCGCCAGGCACCGUGUCCCCGAAUGACGUCGAGGGAAUGAAACCGAAAACGAAAUGGGAAGAGUUCAUGAACGUCGCCUGCAAAAUGACACCUGAUUCCGGUCUCAUGGACUCUUCCCUGGAGAACGACUACUGCAAGGACGGGACGAACAAGAUGCGCGGAUACAUGAAUCUUGCGCAGUGCGGCGAUACGGUAUGGCCACUAGUACAAAGAUUCUUUGACAUAUACGAGAAGGGGCUAUUGCCGCGAGCCGACGGUGUGAGAUACAACGACCUGCCGGGCAAAGUGGAAGGGAGGCUGACUGGGCAAUACUUUCUCAAUGAUAACUCCGGCAAAAAAGUCAUGUUCCACUACAUCAAGGCCAGAAAGGGGCCAUCAGGCGCAACGGUGUCUAUACCUGACUUAACGCCCACAAUCUUCAAGCUGUUCGGCGAUAUGACGGCGAGAGAGAAGCAAGUGGCGCUUCACCACAUGAUGUGUGGUGAUGUCAUCGUGACAUCACGUACGCUACCUCGUGCUAGAUGCAACAUGGCGGACCUGAUGAAAUAUGCUCAGUGUGAAAGAUAUAUAAUCCGUAUGUUCAACUACAUAUUCUUCAAGGUCGAGGGGAGGUCAAAAGAAGAGUGGAUCGCUGACUUCUUCAUCGGUUAUACCACCAUCUUAGAGAGGUACAACAAAAACGGCCUCACGGACGAGAAAUGGACCGAGGAACGGGACCUCAUCCCUGACGACAAGGCGAGGAAGGUGCCGAGGCGUUUGGGCGGUCCUGAUGAGAUCAAUGGUGAGAACGGUGCGGGAUUGGAGGCAACCCAAGGCAUGUACAAGGAAACCCCGUUCCAACUCAAGUGUUUCAUCUACAAGGCGAUCGAUUGCUUGGACGACCUGAGAGCGGAGGUUAAUCGGAUAUCCUCCAGUGCUUGUCACAUCUUUUGGGAAGUGGGGAAGAGGAUCACAACGAUCCUGCCAUUUGAAAUCCAACCGAAGGGAGUGCUCACCGACAACGAGGAGGUUGUUGGUACGAUGAGGGGGAUGAAGAUACGGGCAACCAUUCUUGAUAUGUCAACAUCACCGAAAUGUGUUCCGUGGGAUGAUGACGCGUUUUCCAAACUGUACGCUUUCCUCAUGACAUGUUGUGGCGAAAACUGGGCCUUGAGCAUUUUCACGCCGAUGAAACACCAGAAACAAGUGAUGCAGAGUGUGUACAACUGGGAUGAUGUUGAGGUGCUCACAGGGUCAUGGUACAGACACUAUACACCUUCGACAACCUUGAACAAGUACGGGAACAUUGUUGUUCAGUACACUGACAUGAUGGCUAUUGUCCUCCACGCCAAGAACGACAAUUUGUACAACAUAACGGUUGCGCCGAAAUUGAGAGCCGAGUUGACAAAUUUGAACGUUGAAGAGSGUGAAUUUGUGAGGUGCUCAAGGGAGUGUAUCGGCGUGGAGGGCGACACUAACGCGGUUUAUUCUUGGAUGGAACGACAGCCAGCACGUCUCCGAAAACGAUGCAGCUCGUUCAUCAGGGAGGACGAUGGCGUGAUGCUAUUGGGCAGGGCGCAUGCGGGACUGAUUUGGGAACUCGCUCGCGCCGGACACCACGUGUUUGCGUGUGACAACACGAUAAAAUAGCUCACAUACCUUUCCAAGUUUUUGGAGUUUUAUGUGAAGGAUCCGAGGAACAAAUGUAGGUUCGAAAA